UUGUCAAAAUUCCAAAAUUUUUAUAGAAUAAAAAUUUAAAGUUCGUAUGUCGUAAGAUUAUAAAAACUCAUCAUGUGCGAUCAUUGUGCCAAAAUUACCAGUCAAAAAGGAUAUGCUGGACAAGUAACUUGUCGAUGCAAUGGCGCGAAAAAGACUGAUGUGGUCAGUAAGGAAAAAGACUUACCUGGAUGUUGCAGCAAAAAAGAAAAAAAGGGAGGAUGUUGUGGUGCCAAAUGUUGCUCGGGCACGAAAGAAGAACAUGGCGGAUGUUGUAGCGAUGCCACCACGGAUCAAAAGAGCUGCUGUCCAGCAGGAAAGUAAUCUGCCAACGCAAUGGUCCUACUUGACGACAAGAGCAAGAGAAGCAGCCGGCGGUUGUUGUAUGUCUGGUUGUUGCAAACCAAUCAAAACUGGAAAGAGCGAGAGAGAUUCGGCGGGUGCGGAUUGUGCCACGCAGAUGAAAGAUACUGAAGGAAGCUGCUGUGCCGAAAAUAGAAAAUAAUUUUAAUAGAAGCACUUGUGUCGCAAAUUCUAAUCUAAAAGCUUUAAAUACUUUUUUUUCGCCUACAUUUGUGUUCUAUAUAACAUACAUUGCGCAAAAUCUAAAAUAUUUGGAUAAUAAAACAUAAAACUUGAAUGCC